AUGUCUGCGCCAACUACAAUCGUGGCCGAAGCGCUGCCCAAGUUCCUGCUGCCUCGCCUCAGCUGGAAAGCAGCGGCGCCCUUGUCCUCUUCCCCCUCGCGGAUCGUGGGCCGAGAGCAGACGCGAGCCCCCUUCCGCCACCCGAGUCAGAUCCUACAGCGGGCCACGUUCCACACCACAGCGCCCCUGUCGCGCGACCACCACUUUGACACGCUGCGGUUCGUGCAGCGCCUCCAGGAUGAGGGCUUCACCACGGAGCAGUCGGUGGCUAUGAUGAAGGUCCUCAACGACGUCAUCGAGGAGUCCAUCCAGAACCUCACGCGGACCAUGGUCCUGCGCGAGGACGCCGCCAAGGCCACCUACACCCAAAAGGUCGACUUUGCCAAGCUGCGCUCCGAGCUGCUCUCGGCCGACUCGACAGAGUCCAACACGACGCGCAGCACCCACGAGCGCCUGAGCAACGAGAUUGCCAAGCUCAACAGCCGCCUGCGCGACGAGAUUGGCCGCACCCAGGCCAGCGUCCGCCUCGACCUCAACCUCGAAAAGGGCCGCAUCCGGGAGGAGGCCGUCGGCCAGGAGCUCAAGAUCAAGGAGACCGAGACCAGGAUCGAGCAGGAGGUCGCCGCCCUGCGCGAGAAGCUCGAGCAGGUCAAGUUCCAGACCCUCCAGUGGCUCAUGGGUGUCUGCACUGGUUUCGCGGCCGUCCUGCUCGGUGCCUGGAGACUGCUCAUCUCUGAAAAGCCCAAGGUCCUCCUACUAGGAGCCAUUGAAACCGCCUACGAUGCGUGGGAUGAGCUGAAAACACACGCUCAAGUAGUCACACCCUCCUCGUCCUCCCGCGAGGCCUUCCUCAAAGAACUCCCCGACAUCACCAACCUCUUCGCCAUCUACCGCACCUUCCAAUCCGCCUCUGUCACAGGACCCUUUGACGUAGAAAUUAUCGCCGCCCUGCCCGCCAGCUGCCGGUUCAUCUGCCACAAUGGCGCCGGCUACGACCAGAUCGACGUCGCCGCCUGCACCGACCGGAAGAUUUGCGUGAGCAACACCCCCACGGCCGUCAACGACGCGACCGCCGACACGGGACUUUUCUUGAUCCUCGGCGCCCUGCGCAACUUCAACCAGGGCAUGGCCAACCUCCGCAGGGGACAGUGGCGUGGGUCUGGGGACAAGGCGGCUGCCCUGGGUCAUGACCCGAGGAACAAGGUGCUAGGUAUCCUGGGCAUGGGUGGGAUAGGCAGGAACAUGGCCGACAAGGCGAGGGCGUUUGGCAUGAAGGUGCAGUAUCACAACAGGACGCAGCUGAGUCCCGAGCACGAGGAGGGGGCCAAGUACGUGGACUUUGAAACCCUGCUCAAGACGAGCGAUGUACUCAGUCUGAACCUCCCUUUAAACAAACACACCCGUCACACCAUUGGCAAGGACCAGCUCGCCCUCAUGAAACCUACAGCCGUGCUCGUCAACACGGCGCGCGGUGCGGUCAUUGACGAGGCGGCCCUCGUGGACGCCCUCAACGACGGUGUCAUCUUCAGCGCUGGCCUUGACGUCUUUGAAGACGAACCCCAGAUUCACCCUGGCCUCCUGGAGAACGAGAGGGUCAUGCUCGUCCCGCACAUGGGGACGCACACCAUCGAGACGUUGGACAAGAUGGAGCGCUGGGCCAUUGGGAAUACCAAAAAGGCCGUCACGGAGGGCAAGCUGAAGAGCAUCGUCCCCGAGCAGAGGGAUCUGGAAAAGGAGCUGUAA